CCACAUUUGCAUAACCCAUUGAGUCGCCAACGCGUGCGCAGCUUGGAGCGAUAUACUGAAUAAACACUGAAAGGAUGCAGAGUUACGUCUGGCUAAUUGGCGCCUUGACCGCGCUGGCCGCCACCGCCCAGGGCGCCACCACCCAAACGCAGCCGACAACGCCAUCGGCCACACAGCUGGCCCUGGACAUGUACCAUGGCUGCCUCAAGGAUCUGAGCAUCUCGUGUGUGCGCCCCAAGGCGCUGCAGUGGUUCAACGCGGCGCUGCAACAGAAUGAGGUGCGCCUAACUGACCGCCUGUCGGUGGUGCGCACCGCACAGCAGCAGCCGGAGGCCAGCAGCACCACUGGUCGUGCGCUGAACGCCGAGCAGCAUCAGCAACAGCUGUUCGACCGCAUCGACAGCUAUUUGGCCAGCCACGCCCUCAGAAUUCAGGCGCCCGAAUACUUCCGCAGCUCCGAGGCACGCGCCCUGGUGCCCGACUAUCUGCUGCAGAAUCCCCUGACCCAAGGCGGUCUGAUACCACUCGGCGCCGCCAAUGAGGGACGUGGCAUGAUACGCAAGGCGGUGCUGCCCUUCCUGCUGGGCCUCAAGCUGAAGACGACGGUGCUGAUGCCGCUGGUUCUGGGCCUGAUCGCGCUGAAGACCUGGAAGGCCAUGACUCUGGGUCUGCUCUCGCUGGUGCUGUCCGGUGCUCUGGUUAUCUUCAAGAUCGCCAAGCCCAAGAUCGUUAACUACGAGGUGGUGCACUAUCCCCAUCAGGUGGAGCAUGUGGUGCCGCACCACAUCGAGCACAUUGUGCCCCAUCACAUCGAGCACAUCGUGCCACAUCACAUCGAUCACCAUCUGGACCACCACUUGGAUCAUCAUGUGGAUCUGCCCGUGGAGCACAUUGAGCACUUGGAGCAUCCCUCGCCUGCCUGGGACCCACAUGCCUGGGCUCGCUCCUCCCAGGAGCCCCAGGACGCCCAAGACAUGGCCUACGCAGCACAGAAGAGACGUUGAAAUCGACAAUCGAAGACACGAUGCGAGGACUUUUACAAUUGGCUCUAUUUUAAGUAGUGCAACGUAUUGUUUUUAUUUAUUUAUUUAUUUAUUUAUUUACUAUUUAUGAAAUGUACAAAACAAAAAAGAAAAGAAAAAAAUCUGAAAGUAAGAUAAAAUCCAUAAAAGGAAAAAGGCAAAUCCCGAACAUGUUUUGCAGACAGCUGAGAGGGGCGGGCAUAAAACUGCAAUAAAAACUAUGCAAAAGUCAUUUGGCUAAUUGAAGGUAUUGGACGCAAAAGUUUGUGGGGCCAACGUGAACUGUAAUUAGCAAAUGUAACAG